AUGGGUCCAAAAUUCAGGGCCGGAAGGCAGUCGCGGCGUCUCUUUGGCAUCUCCCCCAAGGCCUUCCGCGACCCCAGCCCCAGCCCGCCAGAAGCGCUGUCCGCGGUCCUGGAAACAUGGGCGCUGUCCGUGGUGCUGGAACCCCUGGCGCUGUCCGUGGUGCUGAAUGCCCCCUCAAUCAGAUCUGAGAUUCCAGCUGGCCUUUCCAGGUUCUACUGGGACUUGAUCAUGCUGUUGCUGAUGGUGGGGAAUCUGAUCAUCCUGCCGGUGGGGAUCACGUUCUUCAAAGACGAGAACACGCCGCCGUGGAUUGUCUUCAACGUCCUCUCGGACACCUUCUUCCUGGCUGACCUGGUGCUGAACUUCCGCACGGGCAUCGUGGUGGAAGACAACACGGAGAUCAUCCUCGACCCGCACACCAUCAAGAUGAAGUAUCUCAAGAGCUGGUUUCUGGUGGACUUUGUCUCCUCCAUCCCCGUCGACUACAUCUUCCUCAUCGUAGACCUGGAGACCCAGGUGGAUUCUGACGUCUACAAAACGGCACGGGCCCUGCGCAUUGUCCGGUUCACCAAGAUCCUCAGCCUGUUGCGCCUCCUUCGCCUCUCCCGCCUCAUCCGAUACAUCCACCAGUGGGAAGAGAUUUUCCACAUGACCUAUGACCUGGCCAGCGCCGUGGUGCGGAUCUUCAACCUCAUUGGGAUGAUGCUGCUGCUGUGCCACUGGGACGGGUGUCUGCAGUUCCUGGUCCCGAUGCUGCAAGACUUCCCGGAGGACUGCUGGGUCUCCAUCAACCACAUGGUGAAUGACUCUUGGGGGAAACAGUACUCCCACGCUCUCUUCAAGGCCAUGAGCCACAUGUUGUGCAUCGGCUACGGGCAGCAGGCGCCCGAGGGCAUGACGGACGUUUGGCUGACGAUGCUGAGCAUGAUUGUGGGCGCCACCUGUUACGCCAUGUUCAUCGGCCACGCCACUGCGCUCAUCCAGUCUCUGGAUUCCUCGCGCCGCCAGUACCAGGAGAAGUACAAGCAAGUGGAGCAAUACAUGUCCUUCCAUAAGCUGCCGGGAGACACGCGCCAGCGGAUCCAUGAGUACUACGAACACCGUUACCAGGGCAAGAUGUUUGACGAGGAGAACAUCCUUGGGGAGUUGAGCGAACCAUUGAAGGAGGAGAUCAUCAAUUUCAACUGCCGCAAUCUGGUGGCCAAUAUGCCGCUUUUUGCCAAUGCCGAUCCCAACUUUGUGACCGCCAUGUUGACCAAGCUGCGCUUUGAGGUCUUCCAACCGGCGGACUUCAUCAUCCGGGAGGGAACCGUGGGCAAGAAAAUGUACUUCAUCCAGCAUGGUGUGGUCAGCAUCCUUACUCGUGGCUCCAAGGAAAUGAAGCUCUCUGACGGCUCCUACUUUGGCGAGAUCUGCCUCCUGACUCGGGGUCGGCGCACGGCCAGUGUGCGGGCUGACACCUACUGCCGCCUCUACUCUCUCUCGGUGGACAACUUCAACGAGGUCUUGGAGGAAUACCCCAUGAUGCGCAGAGCCUUCGAAACUGUAGCUAUGGACCGGCUGGACCGCAUAGGUAAGAAGAACUCGAUCCUGUUGCGCAAGCGGGCAGAACACAGCUCCAGCAGCGUGAACAAUGAGAUGAUCCAGCAGAUUGUCAAACACGACCGCGACAUGGCCCAUAACAUCCAGGACUUGCCGCCAGUGAUGGCCGGGCGGGAGUUGAGCGGCAAGCCAGUGAUCUGGGAGCCGCUGGUGCACGCCCCUCUGCAGACUGCCGCCGCCACUACCAACGUGGCCAUCGCACUGACUCACCAGCAGAGCCUGGCGGCUCACAUCUUCCUGCCCCCAUCCUCUGUGUCCAGCCCCCUCUCUCCGGACUCUGCCUUCAUCCCCCGGAACCCCCGGCGUUCCCAACCCAGCCUGGGUGGCUCACGCCCUUCCUCGGUCAGCUCCCCUGCUUCGGGGGCUCAGUCCCAUUUACAGACGCCGGCUGCCGGGUCCCCUUCUUCCCCCAUGGUCCAGUGCCCGCCGCCCUUGGAAAACAUAGGGCCUAGAGGAGGACCUCCGGGACAAGCCAUCCCUCGGCCAGUCCAGAUGGGAGAACCGGUCCCCGGAGCGAACCAGCCGCAGCUCUCCAAAUCACGCGGUACUUCGGUCUCCACCUCUCUUCUGCAGCAGCCCACAAGCGCCUCGACCAUCCUUCCCGGACGAACUCUUCACUACAGCCUGUCCCGAGCCACCGGCUCCCACAUCUCCCUGUUUCUGCAGCCUCAGCAGCUGAUGAAACACCGGAGCACGCAGGGCCUUUCCGUGGGCCGCCUCACCCAGGAUAUAAGGCCGCUUUCGGCCUCCCAGCCCUCCUUACCUAACCGGCUCACCCUCCAGGCGGACAUGGGCCCCUCCCAGCAGGCCAGGAAGUCAGCUGGGAAUCUCACCCACCGGUCGUCUCCCUCGGUCACAGGGCUCCUCUCCAAACCAGCCACCGGCACUGCAGGCCAGCCUGCCUCGACCCAGCAGGUGCCUUUGGGUUCUAGCCGAUCCAUGAGCGGGGCAAGCACCCCGCAGUCCCCUGCCUCCACGCCCCGGCGUGUGGCCAGCCCAUCCCGUAAGGGCUCUGUGGUAUUUAGCCCUGAGGUGGACACCGGGAAACCAAAGCUCACGUCCAACAUGUGA